AUAGUUCAGAGUAGCCGAUUCGCACUACUUACAAAAAUGUGCGAGGUUUGUGCCGAUUUUCAAAAUCUAUUGGAGAUCUAUGAAGUGCGUGUUGCUAGUUCAGACCUUAAGUUUCAACUGAUGCUAAAGAGUGAAAUUGAGAUAACAUUCAACUACAUUCAAUCAUGGCCUCAGCGGCAGUGUAUGUGUUUGUACCGGGACAAUAAAAAUUAUGAUCGUUUUAACCUUGUAGUGCAAUCGCUCAUUUGUCUCACAGUUCAGCAUUUAAAGCAUAUUGAUACUUUAAUUGAGAAUUAUACUCGCCUAACGGCCAAUGCAGCACACGGUGUUGCCCAAGCAAACCGCAAUCCAGAGCUCGACAAACAUAAAAGUCACGAGAAGGACGACUCUGGAAAUGGCAAGGAAAAAACUAGCGAAACGAGCUUAAAUGAGUCGAAAUCGUUGUCACCGCCAUCGCCUUCAACAUCCUGGCCUGGUGAUGAUAAUAAAGUAAAUCAUUUUAGAGCUUGUGGAAAUGAGGAAAAGCGAGCUUCUGUCGACGCUCUUGUGGAACUUAAAAAACAGCCGCCAAGAUCACCUCCCUCAACGUGCAUCAGCAGUACCAAAUGCGCAUCACUAUACACAGAGGAACCUUGGAUACUACCAGAAGUGGAAAAACUAUUGGUUCUCCUCUCGAAAGUGUUUCUGCUCAAUUUUCCCCUAUAUAUUGCCCAUAAACAUGGCAUGCAUUCCCGCCUUGAUGACUUGCAAGCUGAGGAGGCCCACCAUCUGGCACUUAUCUGUGAUCUGCAUGACAACGAUCUUCCCAUUUACUUAUUGCGCAACGUAAGCCUGUUUUGCAAUUCGGGUGGAUUUGGUGCCAUGUCGCUAUGCUUCGAUCAUCCAGACCUACCGGUCUCGACAGCACACUCAAUGACUGCCACAGUAUCCAAUGUUAAGCUUUGGCUGAAUUAUCACUGCAACUCACAGCUCUUUGUACCACUUCGCAGCCGCAUAUUGCAAUACAUGUGCAAGCUUUCUGAUCAAAACCUUCGCUCAGCAGCCACGCGAGCCAUGGCUGACUUUGUGUGGUCCUCAAUGCGGGAUCCACUUGAUGUUGCCGUCAAUUUUGACACAGAAGGCCUGGCCCUAGCCUUUAAGUAUUUCACGUCGACGACACUGACCAUGCGACUUGCAGGCAUGGCUCAGAUAAAUGCUCAUAUAAAUCUAUUCAAUGAAAUUUGCACAACCGAAACCGUGAAUGAGGUAGAAUUGUUUGGACAACGUAUUGCAAAUUGGCUGACUGAGAAUCACAUUGUGCAGCAUUUGUUUGGUCCAAAUCUGCAUGUUGAAAUUGUCAAGCAAGCUCAUGUGCUACUCAACUUUCUUGCGGUGGAAAAUCAAAUAUCCGAAGAAGACAUCAAGCUUAUUUGGCAGGCAACACAAUUAAAGCACUGUUCAAAAACAAUAUUUGAUAUUUUGCCGGCUUUGGUAAAGAAUCUUGCUCCCAGACCCGCAAUGCAUUUGUAUUCGCUUCUCUGUCGCAUGGAACCGAAAGAUCAUACUGAACAGAGUAUUUAUAUUGCCUCCGCUCUAACUAAGUUAAUUUGGACGCGAGACUGUUCGCGUUCUCAAAUGAAUUUGAUGCAGGACCAUAUUCUUGGCUCAAAUGCAACUGCUUCUAGUUCUGACAGCGGUAGCAUUGAAGGCAGCAACACCGAAGAUGAUCAGGCUGCUGCUGACGAUAGCAGUAUUGCUAGUGGUGGCCAUAAAAGUCCAAUUGAUGGCGUUACACCUUGUAAACAGGCGCGACACAGGCGUCAUAUUUGUGAUCCCACUACUGAGGUAACAAAGCAACUGAGCAAUGAGGACCUUGCCAAGCUGGACAUUAAAUCACAUCGCAUUGUCAAUAUAAUCGACAACACUAGCAGCGAGGAAGAGUUGCAGUCUCGUGCCGAAUUGGAGCUUCAGUUGCAUCGUAAGAAGACCAAUAACAAGCGUCGUCGUCAAAAAGCCAGCUGCAGUAGCAGCAAGCAACAUCAGCGACUCCUUUUGCCCCACGAGCUUGUUGAAAUUUGGGACGGUGCAGAGGACGUCCCCAGCAGCGAUGACGUCGACGCGGAUGCCGAUGGAGAACUGCCAGCAGAUAGUGAUGAAUGCAGUGAUGGUGUCGCUUCGAGUCAUCAACUUGUCCCUGCCGCGGUUCUUAAGCAUUUGCAUGGUGAAGGUCCUUACAUUCGCGCCAUAGCCGAGACAAACAUUAGUGAACUGUUGAGCGGCGCUGAAAAUGACAACAGCUAUUCCUCACCAAUGAGCAAUAAGUCGGAAAAAAAUCUUGCCGAUUUCGACGACGAAGAUGUUUCUCCAUGUGAGGAGGAGUUGGCGCAAUUGGUCAGCGGACGCGUAAGUACACCCAAUUGCAGAGAUGUAGCCCCGGCUUUUGCCGCUGCCGCUGCUGCACUUAUUGCCGCACAAUCAGCCAUGGCCAUGCAAAAGUCAGGUGAAACAAAUGUUGCAGUUGCUGCAGCUGCAGUUGCUGCCGCUGCUGUCGCAACUGGUAACGCCCAGCAGUCAUUGGCGGCUAUGCGCCAGCAGGCGAAUGCAGCUGUUAUUGCUGCAACUGCAGUCAAUUUGAAAUCUGACACUAACGCACAAGUUGCUCUAUUGGACGGUUGCAGCAAACUGCAACAGCAACAGCUAUCACCCAAAUUUGGUACCAUAGCAACAAGCAACUUCCUCCCGCCCUCUUUCAAGCUAAGCGACGUUUGUCAGCCGGGAAAUACUUUACUAUGGGAUCUACUGCAAGACGACAAAAUCUGUCAACUUGGUGAAUCAUUAGCACUGGAAGCUGAAAAGGCAUUAGCAACACUGCUAUGCUUUAGUAUGGACCGCCAGCUACGCACAAAGUUUGUUGAGGGCUGUUUGCAGAAUGUGGCCAAUAAUCGAAGUGUAAUUGUUAGCUUAAGACUGUUACCGAAGCUAUUUGCGUCGUUUCAACAAUUUCGGCCUUCGGAUACGCACUCGAUGACAUUGUGGGCGGAACGUAAUCAUAAAAUGAUGCAAUGUUUUUUUAAUAACAUACGACACUAUGCAAAGCGGCAUGCGGAACUGCUUAUAAAUCAAAAUGGGGUGCAACAACAGCACCAACUGUGCUUGCAGUUAUAUUCGCACAAAACCCAAGUUUCAGUUAGAUUACAGUUCCUUUCAUCCAUUUUCUCGUCCGUCGGAUCCCCCAAAAGCUUUCGAUUGACAUUGGAUCAGCUAGAUGCCCUCUGGGAUUGGCUGGCACAUGAUCCCGAAUGCUCGGAUUGCUAUUUCUCGUGGCUGCAGGCACAAACAAAGGGCGGUGACCAGCAUGCCCUAGGCAUUGAAGCUCUUCAACAUUUGUAUUUAAAAAAACUGCCUGAACUGCAACCAGAGGAGUUCUCCAUGGUAGCUUUGGGCUUGUUCCAACAGCUAUGCAGUUUUGCACGCAUCGCAGUGGCCGAAUAUGAAAAGCAUAGCGAAACAAUAACUGCGUGCUCCAGUGCCGUAGGAAUGUACCACCUAUGGAAGAUUGCAUUGCGCGCUCAAAGCAAUGAGGUAUCCCUGGCUGCAAUCCAGUAUAUCAACAUGUACUACAUGGGUCAACAGCUCCGAUUGGAAAAGGAAUUUGUUUCCCAGUGUAUGGAUAACCUAGUACAGGCUGCAGCAGCACUUGAAAGCAUUGAGGACGAAAAUGCUCUGAUGCGUGUGCAGCGUGGGUUACUUUUAUUAAAUACACACUUAGACACGUUUAGGCGUCGAUAUGCUUACCAUCUUCGGCGCUGGGCGAUCGAGGGCAAAGGCAUUGGGUCUCAUAGUAAUCUAAAAAAUGAGGGAACAGGUCCUCCCAUUCGGAUUGUCCUCCAGCAAGCUGGUCUUUCCGAGAAAAGUCUGUUACAUAUGCACGCCUGCGAUUUGAUUGCUGAUCUGAAGGCUGAGGUAUCCAAAUGGUGGGAAAGCUUGCAUCUCAAUGCACCUGUGCUUGGACUCUUGUUAAGCGAUGGACCGUUGCGAAUCAUAACACAGGGACAAGAGCUCACAUCGGAUUACGAUGAACGAACACUAGGUGAUGCUGGCUUUAAGGAUAACCAAAUUGUGUACGUUUCGUUGGGUGGCCGAAGUGCGCGACGUAAGGAGCCAAAUUUGGAGCAUCCAUCUAUGUUGCCACCGCCGCCGAAGGAAUGCUUGCCUACGGUGCUGCUCCUGCAGCCAAAGUACUUUGAAAAACUAUUCUGUUUGAUGCAAAGCCUGGGUGACAUGAAGCCGCAAACGUCAACGCUCAGUCUGCAGCAUCACACCAAGUCACAGCUAUUAUCACGUCGUGUUUGGGACAUACUGGCCAUGUUGCCAACCAAUCCGGAUAUUCUGGAUGCCUUCAAGAAUCUGUUGGAUGAUUUAAGAGACCUGCAGCAACUAGAUUCCGCUGGGAAUGAACAACAUCUGUUCAAUAAACGUAAACAGGUGAAGCAAAAGUUUAAUGAGCUUCUCGAUCCCAGUAACCUGCAGAAAUUCAUGUACUCCCUACACAUUGUAGAGAGUUUAGCGCUAUCUGUAUUACGCCAUUCAAGCAAUCCUUGUUCUAAUAUCAACUUUAUAGAUGACCAGAAUCGUACGAAAAAGAACGCAAGCAGUAGUAGACGAAACAGCAAUGAUAUCGCAACCGAUAAGCAUUGUAGCAACAGUAGCAGCGACUGUAGCAAAGAGAUUUCAGAAAAUGAUAUGGAUGUCGCGUUAAUGUCCACCCCGCGCUCUGGCAGCGAUGUAGACGUCAGUGAUCUGGUAAACAUCAGUGAUAAAGAAAACCAUCCAAAGCAGCCAAGCAAACGACAAAAGAAGAACGAGUGUCACGAGCAAGACCGACCGCCAGAGGGUGAAUUACAUAUUAACACGACCACGUUGGCAGAAAUUCCAGUACGAAAUAGCCUUCUAUGCGAGAGUACCAUGUGGACUGAGGCGUUUAUUAAAUGUGGGGGAUUGCAACAUCUAUACGAAAUUUUCAGCAAAGGUCAGCUUCAGCAGAGUGCUAAUCCCAAAGAAUUAGCCCUGAAUGAGUGGAGGCACGACUGCUUGGCAAGUUUACUACGAAUUAUAUGGCUGCUUGGAUUUGAAGAGUUGCAGACACAGGAUGUCCAUGUCUUAAUGUCUAGACCGCAUGCAUUUAUGCUGCAGUUAAUGGAGCCGUCACAAUGCAUACACCGCUUGUUCAGCAUUCUCAGCGAUGAGGUGCAUCAGCAAAGUCAAUCAACCACUGCUACAUCGCUGGUCUAUCUCUAUCAAUUCCAUAAUGUGCGUACUGGUUUCUGGGGCCGCGCUCAGCUUGUGCAAUUCACCAUGAAUAUUUUAGUAAGCUUUGUGCAUGCCUCGCCAGAUGCACGCUCUUUGCUUUGGUCACAGCCGGAGCAAUGUGCUUGGCUCCAAAAGUUCAUACUUCAAGAUCCUGAGCCAGCGGUGCGUCGCGAAAUAUGCGCUGGUCUCUAUCGUAUCUGUUUGGGCAAUACGCAUAGCUAUCGACAGCUCUUGGCUCCGUUAUUACACAAGCUAAUUGCAUUACUGCCUCGAGCAGAGCAGAUGAGCUCUUCUACUCAACACACGCAGUUUCUGCUCUCAGAGGAAGGCAAGGAACCGUAUGGGCCUGCCUGUCGAGAUUACUUCUGGUUGCUGGCGCGCCUCGUGGACACAUUAACACCGGAAAUGGUGGCUGAAGAAUGUAUUGAUAUUGAAAAGCUGUGCGAAAGCAUUUCAGCGAGCAUUCUUGAUCGAGAGUACUAUGAACUGCGGCAUGGUUAUCAAGACGAUGGCUUGGUGGGCUUGCUAAAUCUUAUGUCCAAUCUUAUCAAGUACGACACUACAUAUAAGUAUACACCAAAGGCGUUGUGCUUCAUCGAGCAGGUAAUAGGUUUUCUCUUCGAGAUGCCCUCGCCAACGAACCGACAGAAACCAAAAUGCAAAUCGGCCACGUCCCGAGCGGCUGCCUACGAUCUGCUUGUUGAGCUUUGUCGCGCUUGCGCCACAAACUAUGACUACCUACACGCCCGAUUGCUCUCUCAGCACAAAUCGGGUCCAAAGCAGCCCUAUCCGUGGGACUACUGGCCACGUGACGAAGGCAGGGCCGAGUGCGGCUAUGUGGGACUCACCAAUCUUGGCGCCACCUGUUAUAUGGCUUCCUGCAUACAACAUCUUUAUAUGAUGCCACAGGCUCGUGCUGCAAUUUUGCGAGUACCGCCUGCUGGCGCCCAAAAGCACGCCCACACGCUACUCGAGUUGCAGCGUAUGUUUGCUUAUCUGCUUGAAUCGGAGCGCAAAGCGUACAAUCCGCGCAGUUUUUGUCGUGUUUAUCAAAUGGAUCACCAGCCACUUAAUACAGGAGAGCAGAAAGACAUGGCCGAGUUUUUUAUUGACUUGGUAUCCAAAUUGGAGGAGAUGACCCCUGAUUUGAAACAUUUGGUAAAGCGUUUGUUUUGUGGUACUUUAAGCAAUAAUGUUGUGUCGCUAGACUGCGGACACGUCUCACGCACUGCCGAAGAGUUUUAUACGGUACGGUGCCAGGUAGCCGAUAUGCGUAAUCUGCAAGAGUCGCUUGACGAGGUGACCGUUAAGGAUACACUAGAAGGCGACAAUAUGUACACGUGCUCUCAGUGUGGAAAGAAGGUACGUGCCGAAAAACGUGCUUGCUUCAAGAAGCUGCCUCAGAUCUUGUGUUUUAAUACUAUGCGCUAUACCUUUAAUAUGGUUACCAUGCUCAAGGAAAAAGUUAAUACACACUUCUCAUUUCCAUUGCGGCUUAAUAUGUGCCACUAUGUGGAAAAGACUCUGAUGCCGCAACAGUACAAAGAGGAACGAGAAAAGCGAAAGCGUCAGUGUCAAAAUCACAAAGAAAGCGACGAGGCUUCUGGGAAUGAUACGGCCGAGGCUUCACUAGAUGCCGAUAUCGAGGAGUGCUAUGAAUAUGAAUUGGUCGGUGUAACAGUGCACACAGGAACAGCAGAUGGUGGUCAUUAUUAUAGCUUCAUCAAGGAGCGGACAAAAAACACCUUUCAUCCGCAUGAGCGCUGGUUUCUUUUUAAUGAUGCGGAAGUAAAACCUUUUGAUCCCUCCCAGAUAGCUGCAGAGUGUUUCGGCGGAGAGAUGACUAGUAAAACGUACGACUCAGUGACAGAAAAAUAUUUAGACUUUAGUUUUGAGAAAACAAAUUCCGCCUACAUGCUGUUUUACGAGCGCCGCUUACCAGAACAUCUUCAACGAAGACACUCAGAAUUGUUAGCAACACCCUCACCAAGUCCCACCAAUGAGGAAAAGUCUGAUGCGGAACCUCCGCAACUACAAACUGAAAUUGAGUCAAAAAUCAACAAUGGUAAUAAUGCAUUAUCCAGAAAAACACAGAAGUCGAUUAGUGAAAAAUCGGAUGCAUUUAAGACGCCUGAAAUUAGAAUAAAUAUUCAACAAUCUCAGGACCGAAUUGAAAAUAAAUGUUGGCCAAAAAUAGCUGAGGCUCUAAGAACAGCUAAUUGUGAUUACUCCUUACCAAAUAAAAACAUCAAUAAUAACGAACUUCAGACAUCGGCUACCAAAUCUGAUAGCAUUGAAAGUGCAACUAAACCGAUAGCAAAAAUAAACUUGCGCCCAUUGUUGAACAAAGAAUUGGAAGACUGGAUUUGGCAAGAUAACCGGCAAUUUUUGCAGGAUCGUAAUAUCUUCGAACACACUUAUUUUAAUUUUAUGUGGCAAAUUUGUGGACAUAUACCACAGACACUGAUCUCGAAAACGGAUGUCACCUGCAUGGCUACAAAGUUGUCUGUUUCAUUUUUUAUUGAAACUUUUAUACACGCUAAGGAAAAGCCAACCAUGGUGCCCUGGGUCGAGUUGCUAACCAAACAGUUUAAUGCCAGUGAAGAAGCUUGCGAAUGGUUCUUAUCACAUAUGUCUGUAGAGCCAUAUUGGCCAGUGCAUGUAUUAAUUCAGUGUCCUAAUCAAAUGGUACGCCAAAUGUUCCAGCGUUUAGUUGUACACGUUAUACAGCGAUUGCGUGCUUCGCACGUUGAUCAGUACCUUGGCGUGGAAACUGACGAAGAUAACAAGGAACUAAUCGGAAAUGCUUCCUGCGUGACACGUUAUAUUAGCUCUUUAAUAUCGCUUCUGGAACAUGGAGCUCGGUCACAUCUCCGUCAUUUAUCUGAAUAUUUUAGUCUUCUUUGCGAAUUUUCGCGCAUGGGCGAUGAAGAGGCAAUGUUUCUGUUGCGCAUUGGUGUUCUUAAGAGCCUUGUCGAUUUUUAUUUAGGACACAAGUCUUCAGAUAGUAUUGAUAUCAGCUCGGACAAUGAAGACAACUCUUCAGAUGAAGCGCUUUCUGUGGACAAAAUAAGGCCCGCCUCUUUGGACAAAAUGAUUGCUCUGUGCGCUAGUCUUGUCGAACGCUCGCGCGGUGCUGAUUUUCGCUUACGGUUAUCGCCCAAAGACUUCAAUGCUAUUGCUGGUGGAAAGGGCUUUCCAUUUUUGUAUCAACAAAUAAAAGACGGCAUAAAUUCACAUCAGACAAAGCAUUUAAUCCAUGCGCUGUGCCGUUGGGAUGAGCGUCUGGCUACUCAGAUCAUCAGUAUGCUCUUCGGAUCGGUCACUAGGCACACUGAGCUCUGUGCCCCUUUCUUUAAAUUAUUAACACUUCUUAUUGAAACUCAGAGCGGCCCUGUAGGCUUGCCUUGUUUUACGCAGCUCGUUCUACCACGAAUGUGGGAUGCGGCUGAAUAUUGCCCACAAUCUGUUCUUGACUGGUUAUCCGUGCAGGCAACAAAGAAUAAAAUAGCACAUACCUGGAUUCUUCAGUCGGCCGACCAAUGGUUGGAACAAUUUAUGAUCGCGCAUGACAACACACGCGUCCGGAAUGCCGCUGCUUCGCUACUGGUAGCUUUAGUGCCUUCACAAGCGUUUCGUGCGAAUUUUCGCGCUCAUUCCCAACAUAAAUUGCUAACAGUUCAACCUCACACUUAUCGCGAAAUUAACAGUGAAGCCCAGAUUGUGUUGCACCAGGUGAUCACAUUGUUGCUGCGUUUGCUUCGACCAGCACGCGCGUACGCAGACAUUGGAACGCAUGGUACCACCAAACUCACAGCUUAUUUUAAUUUACUCAGCUACUGUAUGGUUUCUAAGACAGAAAAACAAAUGAUAGGGUCCUUUAUGCGAUCGCUUUGGGAACUGUUUCAUCCGCGAUUAUCAGAGCCAAGCGUGCCAGCUCAUCAUAAUAAGCACGCAUUGCUUACAUUUUGGUAUCACUCGCUAGUCGACUGCCCGGAAAACGCGACCCUCGUAGCUAAUUGUCCUGAGAUAACCAGAAAUAUUGCCUUUAACUAUAUACUUGCGGAUCAUGAUGACGCGGAGAUUGUAACCUACAACCGAUCCAUGCUACCUGCCUAUUAUGGACUGUUGCGCUUAUGCUGCGAACAAAGUCGGCCACUCACCCGUCAAUUGGCACAACAUCAAAACCUCCAGUGGGCCUUCAAAAAUAUUACUCCUCAUCCCACCCAAUAUUCGGCUGCUGUCGAUGAACUGUUUAAGCUGAUGACACUAUUUGCAACACGACAUCCCGAUGCCAGUGAACAGGAAAAACAAGAUGUCAUUGCUUUUAGACGCUCUGUUAUUGUUUCCUAUACAAGUAGCCUGGAUGCUCGGGUAUCGUGGGCAACACUUAUCAGCGCGCUUAAAAUUCUCGUGGACAACGACGAUGAUCGCAUGCUGGUUGUAUUUAACGGAGGCAUCGAGAUGAGCUUCGAAGCAUUACAUACUCUACAUUCCAUGCAUCACGAGGCCACGGCCUGCCAUGUGGCUGGAGAUCUUUUGGAUCUACUUGGAGAAAUGGUUCUGUUACUGGCCACACUACGAACACGAACCGAUAAUCCCGUGCAAAAAAAACAACAACACCAUCUAGAACAACAAUUGCAAAUUCAGCAACAACAAUUGUUACAUAAGCAACAAGAUACGCAGAGCACACAGACUCCUCAAACGCCCCUUCAGAAGGAAAAGCAACUACAGCACCAAAUGCAACAACAUUUACAAUUACAACAAAUGCAACUGCAACAACAACAUUUUUUGCGGCAACAGCAUCAGCACUCUGCACUGUCAAAAGUACUACCAGAUGCCAUAAAGCGCUUAGCAACUCUACUUAAUACGUAUAAUUCGCCAGAGAUAAUUCGUAUGGCAUUGGAGGUGCUUAAGGAGCUGGUGCGAAACACUAGUCUGGAGGCCAUUAGCAUUCUUGCACCCAUACUAAUAAAUUGUCAUUUAUCAGUGGCAAAUGCCCCUAAUGCAAUAGGACCCCUGGGUCCUUACUUCCCUCGUCGAAGCGCUAAGCAAACGGCGUGGGUAAUGGGCGCAAAAAACUCACCGCGUCCCCCUAGACCUAUAGUACAAAUGUGCAUUGCUCUAUCAGACCUAACACCACGUGGAAUCGAUGCCGAAUAUGACGCACAGGUUGAUGCUUUCUAUAGGCCAUAUCAUGACUUUAUCGAUGUAAUGCUUCGCAUGUGCAUAAACACUGGCACCCUCAGCGACACCCUCGUUAAACUACACUGCCUAGUGGCUAUUGAAUCCACACCGCUGCAUUUCAACUAUUUCCCUAAGUUUUGGGUAGGCAUAAAUAACAACACGCUAACACACAAUUACUCUGAAAUGCUUGUUAAAAAUCCCCUAUUGGUUGAGUAUCUGCACAAUGUUCUUAGAGAUGAACGAUGCAUGCUGAAAGAUGCGUUUGUUAGAGAGUUUUUGGAAAUAUACUAUCACAAAGUGGCUUCACAGCUUCCAGUUGCGCGUAUGAUUUAUACCAUCAAUUACGGCAUGCACUCUAAGGAUGAUAUUGAUGAAUUGUGCGGCGACUUAUUUGCCAUACGGAUUAUUGCCCAAGCAACGGGUGUGCCUCCGUCUGUACGAAAAGAGCUCCGAGGAUCGCUGAGAGCGCUUCUUAACAAAAGCGAGCGUUUUAAGAAAGAAGCGGAAAAAGAUCAACUUACUAAUAAAAAACAAAAACGUGAGUCUUGUAAGGAAAAUGAAGAAAUACUCUCCCAGUGCACGCAGCCACAUUUAGAGAUUACGGAAAGUAUUUCAAAAGAAGCAGUGACAGCAGAGCUGAGUAAAGUGGAUAUGUCAGUGGAAGCUGUCGAGGGUAAAUUCGCUACUCUUUCUAAAGAUGAGACUGUGCCUGAGAAUAUGGAGACCGCUGAGGGUGAAAAACUUAAGGCUUCCUUGUCCUCAUCCGAUAAUGACACGGAGCUGGAAGACGAGAAUGAGCCUACACCAAAGCGCAACAAGAAAACUGCAGAAGAUCGACUUAACGAGGAACGCAUGAAACGGUUCAGUAUUUUACAAACUAUGGAAUCUUACAUACAUAGCAUUUUUAAUAUAAUUAAGCGCGAGGCGAUCGCAUUAAGUACAUCUCACAAAAAGGAGUUCAAUGAAGACAGUGAUGCGGCUACAUCAGUUGCGGGGGCUACCAAGUCAAGGAGUAAGAUCGAUGAUAUGCAGGUAGAGGUAGAGCCGGGGGUUAAUCGAGAGGACAUGAGUGUUGAUUGUGAAAUAGGAACAGAUGGCAGUCUAAUGUCACAUGUUUUUAACAAGGCUAAACAAAAUGGCCAAGGUCAGAAAAUUGAUCAGAUUAAAUCAAUUGAGCAAAAUAUAUUAGGCCAUAUAAAUAAUAGUUCCAUGCCAACUAAUGUCGAUAGUGCCGUAGUAGAUGUUGCGUCAUCCUCUGAGCCAGCGAGCUCAACACAAAUUUAGUUAUCGUUCAACGAUUUGCUUAGCAUAUUAUUUUUUGGUAAACCAUUGAAUUAAUAAUUGGUCGUAAAAGAGAUCGACAAAUUUAGUGAAUGAAUCUUGCUAUGCUGCCGAAUCCAAUAUGUAACAGUAUACGAAAAAAUGUAAAAAAAAAAGUUUAUAAUUUUAAUGGACAUAAGACUAUCCCACGAACACAAAUACACAACACAGCAUAAUUUCUCAUAGAGAAACAUUCAUUUACAUUUCAACAAUAAUAAUAAAUAAUUAUAUGUUUGGGAUAUGAGGAUAUAUUAAUACUAAACAUAAAAAAAGCAAACAAACAAAUAUUAAAAAAUCUCGUAGCUCCAAACUUUGCAUUACAAAGCUUAAGGUAAUUUUACCGUAUUUAAAAUUAGCUUUAUCGAAUCUGAUGUUUUUUUUUAUUUAUUGUUUAGUAUCAUUAAUUUUCAUUUUGAAAUCUUCAACGCUGUUGGACUUAACAUAAUAAGUAUAAUUAAUUUUCGUAUGCACGGAAAUACGUACUACAUAUGUAAAAAGCCAUCAUUGUAAAUUACUAAACUUCACAAAUUAAAGUCAACAAUCUAACUCUGCUUACGUGGAAGCACUAAUAUUUCAAUAUAGGUGUAUAUAAAUAUGCCAAAGUGCAACGGCGGCAGAAUAUAAAAAAUCAAACACUUAAGAAGGAAUAUAAAAACAUUAGUUUCAAAUAUUUGGAAGCGAUAUAAAAAUUUACAUUUUAUUAGGAUAAGUAAAUAAACUGAUGCAUCGUAUAUGUAGUCAUAAGCGGAAUUCCCAUUUUCUGUAAUCUUAAGUAUGCAAUAAUUGUCGUUGUGUAAAUACAUACACAUGCAAGUAUGUGUAAUUCCAGUGUUACGAUUUUAUUAACCUAAACGCAAAUACAAUUAUAAAAAUCCCUAAAACUACAUAAGUCUGU